CUUCCUGCAGAGAUGUCUCGACUAGGACAGCUGGUGCUCUUGGCUUUUGCGCUGAGCGCCGCCGGCGCUUACGCGGCCGUCAGGAACCUCGCCAUCCCUUCGAGGCCGCGGCUCAGCGGAAGGAUAGUCGGCGGGGCGCCCGCCAACAUCACGCAGUACCCCUGGCAGCUCUACUUUAUCACAGGCGGCAGCAGCGACUGUGGAGCGUCCAUCUUGAGCAGCUACUGGGCGCUGACUACCGCCCGUUGCAUCGUCGACGGCGCCGUCCAGAAUAUGCGACUCCGAGCAGGCAGUUCGAGCCGGGGCAGCGGCGGCUACGUGCACACCGUCAAAUUGGCAAGACGGCACGACUACUACAAUGGCCACGACUACGACAUCGGCGUGCUGUGGGUGUUAGAGCACUUCGUCUUCGGUCCCGGAGUGCAGGUCAUAUCCGUCAGCUGGAACGAGACAGCAGCAGGGAGCCCCGCCACGGUCGCCGGCUGGGGCGCCUCCUCCCCUGACGGCGGCCUCCCCUCUGAACUCCGGGCCAUCGAUAUCGAAAUCAUAGACACCGCCGUGUGCAAUGCCACCUACGGCAAUCUCACCAGAAACAUGAUCUGUGCCGGAGUGAGUGAAGGCGGCAAGGACGUUUGUGUGGGUGACGAGGGCAGUCCCCUGAUGUCCAGUUCAACGCAGGUUGGAAUCGUCUCCGCGAGCAGCGGGUGUGGACUACCCGGUUAUCCUGGCAUCUACACCUAUAUUUUCCCUUUGCGCUACUGGAUUUAUGAGAAUGCUGGAGUCUAAUUAGCUUACCUACUUUGCAAGUGUAUUGAAUUACGUGUCCUUCUCUACAUACAUGUAAGCAAAAAUCGCUUUGAAUAAAGUACAC